CUACUUCGACAACUAUAGGAUCAUCUGCUACCCUACUGUGCACAAGGGCAGAAUCACCCUAACCAUUGUUGUCACUGUGCUCUUUAUCGACAACGAGUGCUGGGAUGGUGUGCCAUUUAUCAUGGAAGCCGGCAAGGCGUGCUCUGCACACCCGAUGGGCAGUUAUGCCAUGCAAAUAGGUUGCAAGUUCGUGUCCCUUUCAACAUCCUGAAAGAGGUAUGAAGUGGUAAAGUUCUAAUCCAUUUCUGAACUUUAUAAACAAAAUUGUUCAUGGAUCGUCACGAUCUUUGUUUUCCCCUUCUAUUCAUGAAUCCAUACGAUUGUCUAUCUAUUUGUUAGGUUUAGGAAUGCGGUCAAUCAAAUAGGCAAACUAUAUAAAAUGCAUUUGACUUUGAGGCUAUUUACAUGGACGAUCAAAACUGUAUACUCUCAUAAUAUCAAUCUCAUAAAUUUUAGUAUGUUUUAAAUGACUGACUGGAACAUCUGGGCAUUAGUAGAUUUUAAUUUUGACUUCCUCAAACUUUAUACAAGUGGACAGCUUUUUCUUGGUGCUGAAAUAUUCAAAUGUAAAAAACCAACGUUCUCUGCACAUAGUCCCACUCAUAACGUCCCGCCAUUAAAAUUCUGCACACACAUUGGAAUCUUCUUGUUUGUCAUGAUUAUUAUAGAUAGGCUACAAUUGCUACUAAUUAUAUGAGUGUAUGAAAGACAAUGUAAUUGCUAUCGAAAUGAUUCUAUUUUUGGGAUUAUGUGAAUUGAUGCAAUUUUCUGUUGGCUAACAUAUUCUGUCAGUCCCAUUACUUGCAGAUUCAGAGCAUCAAUUGUUUGCCUGGUUCUUUCACUCUGAAUUUUUAAGAUUCAAAUCAAAAUAUUAUGUCUGCUCUGAAUUUCUUUUCUGUGGAGGAUUGCACAUAUGCCUUAUAAAUAUUUUUUCAGUUUGCCAUUUGAAACUUAUUUGACACAGAAACAAAGACAACUAGCCUUAUCGAUAUAGAUGUUGAUCUGCUAUAGUUUUAUUUAAUAUUGGUCUGUUUGCGUUACAAUUAUUGAAAUUAAUUUUUGGAAUUCUUCGAUGGUGAUCAAAUCAUGUUAUGGGUUCCAAUCCAAUGUUGGUUGAAAUAAGUCUAUGAUCAUCUUGUAAUUAUUCAGAUAAUAUGCUCGUCCUUAAAUUUCAUUGUAUAUAGUCAUCUAUGCAUCACUCUGUCACAUGUAUUGAUGUUAAUUUUAUGAAUUUCCUGGAUAUUGAAUUAAUAGGUCAUAACGCUAUAAAGUUGAUCAGGAAAUAACCAACUGGUUGGCGAUCAUAUGCCAAGGUGCGGAGCGGCUGUUGUUAAGAAGGGCAGGAGAAACACUGAAUGUACAACAAUUUUCUUGCGUAGGCAAGGUGGUGCUAAAGGGCCGAAAUGACCCGUCACGUGCCCCGGGGUGAGCGACCUAGACCGGCAGGUAUCCUAGUCGCACAAUGCCAAAAGGUGGGUGCAGCUCACUUGACUUCGACCGACGAGAGUGACUGUGCCUUACUGCCUAUGAGUGGAAGGAGGAGACGCUUGAGCUGAGCUGCGGCGGCGCUGGGAUGGGCGCCGCGGGGUCUGCGGCGCCGCCGCCGGCGGCAGCGCAUUGCCACCGGGCACUGCUGGCCCUGGCGCUCGUGUCGCUCUGCGGCCGCGGGCUUCGCGUCCGUGCCGCGGGGGCGGACACGGGCAGCCUGAGCAGGGACGCGUUCCCCAAGGGGUUCGUCUUCGGGACGGCGACGUCCGCGUUCCAGGUCGAGGGCGCGGCGGCGUCCGGCGGCCGGGGGCCCAGCAUCUGGGACCCCCUCGUCCACACCCCCGGAAAUAUUGCUGGAGACGCGAACGCAGAUGUUACAACUGAUGAAUAUCAUCGCUACAAGGAAGAUGUUGAUCUCAUGAAAAGCCUGAAUUUCGACGCAUAUCGGUUUUCAAUCUCUUGGUCCAGGAUCUUCCCAGAUGGUGAAGGAAAAGUUAAUGAAGAAGGUGUACAAUAUUACAACAAUCUUAUAGACUACAUGAUUAAGCAAGGGCUUACUCCUUACGCCAACCUUAACCACUAUGAUCUUCCACUUGCGCUUCAGAAGAAGUACAAGGGCUGGUUAGGCCCAAAAAUUGUGGGCAUAUUCGCUGACUAUGCUGAUUUUUGUUUCAAGACUUUUGGAGAUCGAGUCAAGAACUGGUUCACAUUAAAUGAGCCGAGGAUAGUAGCAUUUCUUGGCUAUGAUACUGGAGUUAACCCCCCUAACCGGUGCACCCAAUGCGCUGCCGGUGGGAACUCAGCAACAGAACCUUACAUUGUUGUUCAUAACAUUAUAUUAUCUCAUGCUACUGCAGUUGCAAGAUACCGAAACAAAUACCAGGCAACUCAGAAAGGCAAGGUUGGGAUAGUUCUAGACUUCAAUUGGUACGAACCUCUUACCAACUCAACGGAAGAUCAAGCAGCAGCUCAAAGAGCCAGGGACUUCCAUGUUGGUUGGUUUCUUGAUCCAUUAAUAAACGGAAACUAUCCAAAGACAAUGCAGGACAUUGUAAAAGAUCGGUUACCAAGUUUCACACCUGAGCAAGCUAAGCUAGUCAAGGGCUCAUCAGAUUAUUACGGGAUCAAUCAAUAUACUACAUACUACAUUUCAGACAAACAAACUCCUCAACAAGCAGCAACAAGCUACUCGUCUGAUUGGAGCGUUCAAUAUAACUUUCAAAGAAAUGGCGUGCCGAUUGGACAGCUGGCACACUCCGUUUGGCUUUACAUCGUCCCAACAGGCAUGUAUGGAGUUGUGAACUACCUAAAGGAAAAGUACCAGAAUCCAACCAUCAUUAUAUCUGAAAAUGGAAUGGAUCAACCAGGAAACCUGACGCGCGAGGAGUACCUGCACGACACCGUGAGGGUUGAUUUCUACAAGAACUACCUCACGGAGCUGAAGAAAGGGAUUGAUGAGGGCGCGAACGUGGUCGCCUACUUCGCCUGGUCCCUCCUCGACAACUUCGAGUGGCUGUCGGGCUACACGUCCAAGUUUGGCAUCGUCUACGUCGACUUCACGACGCUCAAGCGGUACCCCAAGGACUCAGCGUACUGGUUCAGGGACAUGCUCUCUGGGGCUGGCUCAAAGUCUGCCACCCCUCAGACUGGUUCACAUACUUCAGCCGGCAGUCCAGCUGGUUCGACUCCAGCUGCCUCGUGUGGCCCGGCCCUGCUGGUUUCUCUGCUGGUCUCCUUGUGCUUGCUUGUUCCAUCCGUCUUCAUCGUUUCUUCUUAGAAAUUAUUUGGUCUAGUGUAGCAGCACUUGAUUUGUAGCGGGCGCCAGCAGCAUGUUCAUUUUAAAGACAUGUUGCAACAAAGAGAAACCUGUUGUGCGAACGGGACUAUGAUUCAGGGCUCAUUUUUUGCCCCCUUUUGCCAUGAUUAAGAACCAGUUUGGUACUGAUAUUGUGUUUACUGGAUAUAUGUUAUGCUGAUUCGUGUAUC